AUGGCUUCUCACAAGACAUUCAGGAUCAAGCGAGUCCUGGCUAAGAAACAAAAGCAAAAUCGCCCCAUUCCACAGUGGAUUCAGAUGAGAACUGGCAAUAAAAUCAUGUACAACUCCAAGAGGAGACACUGGAGACGAACCAAACUGGGUCUAUAA